AUGCAUAAAAGCCCAACUAGAACAGAAGCUGAGAAACCACAGAAAAAAGUGAGAUUUCGAGUGUCUUCAGCUCACAGUGGGAAAAUAUUGAAGGAAGUCUUCAAAGAUGAAGGACACACAGACUUUAUGGAUUCUGAAUGUGCCAUCAGCUCAGAGACAGAGCAGAUUAACUUGCGCAAUGAAGCAAAUGGGCACCACAAUGGACACCUGGGUUUUGAGUAUGAUAACUUGCUCCUGUUUGCUGGUGCCUCCAAGGACAAGGCUUUCAGCACAAAGCGAGUUAAUAUACUGAGCAAAAAUGGGACAGUUCGUGGUGUAAAGCACAAAGUGAGUGCUGGUCAAGUACUGUUUAACAACCUCUCAAAUGUAAUUGCUUUUAUUUUCUUUUCUCAGCCAACUUUCAUGCUGGAAUUCGGAAGAAUAGUUAUAUAUACUACCAGUUUCCGGGUAGUGAGAACAACCUUUGAAAGGUGUGAACUGGUGAGAAAGAUAUUCCAGAACCACAGGGUAAAAUUUGUGGAAAAAAAUAUUGUUCUUAACAAUGAGUAUGGGAAGGAGCUGGAGGAGAGGUGUAAGAGGGUGUCAGAAUCUCCCUCACUUCCAGUGGUUUUCAUCGAUGGACAUUACCUUGGCGGUGCAGAAAAAAUACUGGAAAUGAAUGAAUCUGGAGAACUUCAAGAUCUGCUCACCAAAAUCGAGAAAGUCCAGCAUCCACAUGAGUGUUCUACCUGCGGGGGAUUUGCUUUCUUGCCUUGCUCUAUGUGCCAUGGGAGCAAAAUGUCAGUGUUCCGAAACUGCUUUACAGACUCCUUCAAGGCUCUCAAAUGUAGUUCAUGCAAUGAGAAUGGAUUACAGCCCUGCAAGAGUUGUACCCAAUGA